CGAAAGCUCUCACCUUAGUACAAAACCAAAGCAAUUUUUCUAUCUCUCUCUCUGUAUAGCAAAAGUAAAUUAUGGGGAGUAUAUAAAAUACUACUAACAAAAAGGAAGUGUAUAUAAAAUACAAACCAAAAACUUUCGGUCAGUUCCGGUCCCCUUUUCUUCAUAUAUAUCAGGAUUCUGCAGAAAACUCCAUUGCCUGUUUCUCCUUUCUGCUUUUUUCUCUCUACAAAAACCCACCGCGUUUCUGUCCUUUUUGCUAGAUUCAGGACGCGUACUACCACUUCUGCAUUUCCAUUCUAUAUAGUAAUAAUAUAUUCACUAUCUUUCUCACACCCUCCACCAAAGAGCAUUUUCACAUUUUAUAUUUACAUUAAUUUGUUUUUCAAAAUAAUUUUGUGUUUGCUUGUUGUUGAGUUUUGGGGUCAAAUGAGAGGGUUACCGGGGCAUGAACGCCGGUGGACAUCCGAUACGUUAUCUUUCGACAAGGAUUUUAGUGGUGAGUCAUCGCCGGGAGCUGGUUCCGGCGAUAAUUCCGGUUUUGCUUCCGAGGAGUUUGUUGAAGUCACGCUUGAUCUUCAGGAUGAUGAUACGAUUAUUCUACGGAGCGUUGAACCGGCUACUGUGAUUAACAUUGACGCUCCUGAUCUUCCCGCCGGAGUCGGUAUUUCCGGAGUUUCAAUUGAAACUCCGACGUCAGCAUCGGUGUCGGAAUCUCGAUCGCCGACGAUCCGCCGGAGUUCAUCGAGUAAACUUCGCCAGUUUUCACAGGAGUUGAAAGCUGAGGCGGUCGCGAAAGCGAGGCAGUUUUCGCAAGAGCUGAAAGCGGAGUUGAGGAGAUUCUCAUGGAGCCACGGACAUGCGCCUCGUGCGUUUUCGCCGUCGUCGUUUUUUCAAAACGCCGUCGUUGGAACAGGUAACGUCGUGGACUCGGCUUUAGCAGCACGUGCAUUACGUCGGCAACGCGCUCAGCUUGAUCGGACUCGUUCUAGUGCUCAUAGAGCUCUUCGCGGACUCAAAUUCAUCAGCAAUAACAAAACCAAUGGAUGGAAUGAAGUUGAAAACAAUUUCUCAAAGCUUGUUAAAGACGGUUAUCUUUACCGUUCUGAUUUCGCACAAUGCAUAGGUAUGAAGGAUUCAAAGGAAUUUGCAUUGGAAUUAUUUGAUGCUUUGAGUAGAAGAAGAAGAUUGAAGGUUGAUAAGAUUAGCAAGGAAGAGUUGUACGAGUACUGGUCGCAAAUCACCGAUCAGAGUUUUGAUUCUCGGCUUCAGAUCUUCUUCGACAUGGUGGACAAGAAUGAAGAUGGUCGAAUUGCUGAAGAGGAAGUAAAAGAGAUCAUCAUGCUAAGUGCAUCUGCAAACAAGUUAUCAAGAUUAAAAGAACAAGCAGAGGAGUAUGCAGCUUUAAUCAUGGAAGAAUUAGAUCCUGAAGGACUCGGCUACAUUGAGCUAUGGCAGCUGGAAACACUUCUCCUCCAAAAGGACACAUACCUCAACUACAGUCAAGCACUAAGUUACACGAGCCAAGCCUUGAGCCAAAACCUGCACGGAUUAAGGAAGAGAAGCCCAAUAAAAAGAAUGAGCUCAAAACUUGUCUAUUCAUUGCAAGAAAACUGGAAGAGAAUUUGGGUUCUCACUUUAUGGAUUUUGAUAAUGAUUGGGCUUUUUCUUUGGAAGUUCUAUCAGUACAAAAACAAGAGUGCAUUCCAAGUCAUGGGUUACUGCCUUGUCACGGCUAAGGGCGCUGCUGAGACUCUCAAGUUCAACAUGGCUCUUAUAUUAUUGCCUGUAUGCAGAAACACCAUCACAUGGCUCAGGUCCACCAAGUUGAGCCAUUUUGUACCCUUCGAUGACAACAUCAACUUUCACAAGACUGUCGCUGCAGCCAUUGUUAUUGGUAUCAUACUCCAUGCUGGUAACCACCUUGUAUGUGAUUUCCCAAGGCUUAUACAUGCAAAUAACAAAGAUUAUCGGGAUUAUUUGUCGAAUGAUUUUGGGCAAAGUAAGCCUGGAUACAUAGACCUUGUUAAAGGAGUUGAGGGUGUGACGGGAAUAAUAAUGGUAAUCCUCAUGGUCAUUGCUUUCACUCUUGCAACCCGAUGGUUUAGGCGGAGCCUCAUUAAGUUGCCCAAACCUUUUGAUAGACUCACUGGCUUCAACGCGUUCUGGUAUUCGCACCACCUUCUUGUCAUUGUCUACAUCUUACUGAUCAUCCAUGGCACAUUCCUCUUCCUUGUGCAUAAAUGGUACUCCAAGACGACAUGGAUGUAUCUAGCAGUUCCUGUGCUUCUCUACGCUGGGGAAAGAACUCUCAGAUUCUUCCGGUCAGGCUUGUACACUGUCCGGCUUCUAAAAGUAGCAAUAUAUCCUGGAAAUGUCCUCACUCUACAAAUGUCUAAGCCUCCCCAAUUUCGAUACAAGAGUGGACAAUAUAUGUUCGUCCAGUGUCCAGCGGUUUCUCCAUUUGAGUGGCAUCCAUUUUCCAUUACUUCAGCUCCCGGGGAUGACUACUUGAGCAUUCACAUCCGGCAACUUGGUGACUGGACUCAAGAACUCAAGCGGGUCUUUUCUGAGGCUUGCGAGCGGCCAGAGGCUGGGAAGAGUGGCCUGCUCAGAGCUGACGAAAACACCAAGAAAAGUUUGCCAAAGCUAUUAAUAGAUGGACCUUAUGGAGCUCCAGCACAAGAUUACAAAAAAUAUGAUGUCUUGCUGCUUGUUGGUCUUGGCAUUGGAGCAACGCCCUUUAUUAGUAUCCUGAAAGACUUGCUCGUCAACAUCGUGAAAAUGGAGGAGCAAGCAGAUUUAACCUCAGAUUUCAGUGGGAACUCAGACAUGAGCGUUGCAACAAGUGAACAACCAGCUCUCAACAAGAUUUCUCCAAAAAGGAGAAAGAGUACUCUAAGAACCACAAAUGCAUAUUUUUAUUGGGUGACCCGGGAGCAAGGAUCAUUUGAUUGGUUCAAAGGUGUUAUGAAUGAAGUGGCUGAACUUGAUCAAAGGGGGGUCAUCGAGAUGCACAACUACUUGACGAGUGUUUAUGAGGAAGGGGAUGCUCGUUCAGCUCUCAUUACCAUGGUCCAGGCGCUUAACCAUGCUAAGAAUGGGGUUGAUAUUGUAUCAGGCACCAGGGUGAGGACACAUUUUGCUAGGCCAAACUGGAAGAAGGUAUUUUCCAAGACCUUAACCAAGCAUGCAAAUGCAAGAAUAGGGGUUUUCUACUGUGGUGCACCCAUAUUAGCAAAAGAACUCGGCAAACUUUGCAAAGAGUAUAAUCAAAAGGGCGCAACAAAGUUCGAGUUUCACAAAGAACAUUUUUAGAAGGUCCCAGAGAAAAGUUUUUUGCAUCAACUGCAAACACAUUGGUAAACCAGUAUUUACUUCAUCCAUCUUCAAUACCAGAUUGGAUGAUUCUGAUGAAGACCUAACAUUAGUAAGCAAUAAGUCAAGAGACAAAUUGUACAUAAUAGGAGGAAGAGUAUUUCAAGAGAAAAAUACAUACUAAUAUGAUAUGUAUAUAGGUUUUAUUCGGUCAUCUGUUUACACACGCCAAAUCAGAACUCCAAAAGGGAGUCUCUGCUUGGUCAGAUGGCAUAGAAUGUGAUGAAAAUACUAUGGGAGAAAAAAGGAGGACAAUUGAAUGGUCAACAAAUGGAAGAAUGACAUUAUUGGGAAACAGCUAAUAAGAAGUUGACUUGCUUGAUAAAGAAACACUGUGAAAAUGGCAAGCAGGAAAGAUCAGACACGCAUGGCUUCGGAUGGGAAAAAUACAAUUUUGAAAGAAGAAGAUAAUAUUAGUAGGACUAGUGGGGGGACUGAUAACUUUUGUUAGUGGAACUUAUAUUUUUUAGGUGGGCUAGGGGAAUCCUUCCAUAUAAUGUCCAUCUACUUUUUCUUCUUCUUUUGCUUUUGUGUAUUUUUUUGGGGGGGGGGGGGGGGUUAUUUUAAUAUACUAUUAUUCGAUAAGAGGAUAGAAAAUACGUGUAUAUACAAUUCUUGUUAGUUUUGUGUCGUAGCUUUUCAAUUUGGACAAAGGUACUAUCAACGGAAAAUCUCAUCAAUCUUGUUGGGCGCUUUUCCUUUUUCGUCU